AUGGCCCAAGCCAAUUCUACCGCUGCGUCGACAGAAAUGGAUUCUCUUUUAGUUAACGACCCACAGAUGGAAGGGGAGAUAACUGGAUGCGAAGGAUGUAAAGAUUCGCUUUCUGCCAGCGCGAUGCCUUCAUGCCACGCCCCAACCUACCCAGACAUGGUGCUCUACCCACCACUUCCGCCCGACUACACUUCGCUUCCCUGCCACCUCGUCUACGCCUUCCCCGUGACACGAGACGUCCUCAGGUCAUCUAUGCGCAAACUGGGGUUCAAAGCAAGUAAGAGAGUGAUCGUCUCCGAGACCCUGGCGAGCUUUGGAUGGAUCCUCGAGGCCAAGCUCGAUUACAAAUACAAUCUCGUCUACUGCCCCGCACUGCCCGACGAACAAGCCGAAGAAGACGACAUGGUUAGCGAGUGGGAAGGCAACCCCGCAGUGCACACUCUCGCCCUUGCAGCAACCGCGAGUCAUAAGUUGUUCCACCAACGUCCUACUCCUGAACAAUGGCAGAAGCUGGAAGGGAUCUUCGAGGGGUCUAAGCCACGAUGGUUCCAGACACAUUGGCCUAAAGAUAGAUUCCCUCAAUGGCUGUGGGAGGAUCUGCCUAAGAUGUCGCCCGCAUUGUAUGAUAUAACUUUCGGUGGCACGGCGGGGACCAAGAAGGGUCACAGUUAA